AUGGCAAUUGCUUUGGCUGAGGCGGACAAGUAUGAGAUCUUGGAGAAGAUUGGUUGCGGUUCCUUCGGCAUCAUUCGCAAGGUCAAGCGGAAAUCGGAUGGAUUUAUACUAUGCCGCAAAGAGAUAAAUUACAUCAAGAUGUCCCAGAAAGAGCGCGAACAGCUCACCGCUGAAUUCAAUAUCCUGAGCUCGCUUCGUCAUCCCAACAUCGUUGCCUACUACCACCGUGAACACCUCAAAGUGAGCCAAGACCUAUACUUGUACAUGGAAUACUGUGGUGGCGGCGACCUGAGCAUGGUUAUCAAGAACCUCAAGAAGGUCAACAAGUAUGCGGAGGAGGAAUUCGUAUGGCGUAUCCUGUCUCAGUUGGUCACUGCCCUUUACCGCUGCCACUACGGAUCGGACCCGGCAGAGGUUGGAUCAAACAUCCUCGGUGCUCCUCCGAAACCCUCUGGACUUAAGGGAAAACAGGGCCAAGUGACAAUCCUUCACCGUGACCUCAAGCCCGAGAAUAUCUUCCUCGGUAGCGACAACACGGUCAAGCUGGGUGACUUUGGUCUCUCCAAACAGAUGCAGUCGCAUGACUUUGCAUCCACCUACGUCGGAACCCCAUUCUACAUGUCUCCGGAAAUAUGUGCCGCAGAAAAAUACACUCUCCGAUCGGACAUCUGGGCUGUCGGUUGCAUUAUGUACGAGCUCUGCCAGAAGGAACCACCCUUCAAUGCUCGCACCCACAUCCAAUUGGUGCAAAAGAUCCGCGAGGGCAAAUUUGCACCUCUUCCCGACUAUUACUCUCCCGAGCUCAAGAAUGUCAUUAGCAGCUGCCUUCGUGUCAACCCCGAUACCCGUCCGGAUACCGCUGCCCUGAUCAACCUUCCGAUUAUCCGUCUGAUGCGGAAGGAAAAGGAAGUUGUAGAUCUCGGAAAGACUCUGCGCCGACGCGAAGAGGUUGCCGUUCAAAAGGUUCGGGAGAUGGAACAGAAUCUGGCAAGAAUUGAGAAAGAAAAGCAGCAGAUGAAGGCCGAGAUCGAGAGCACCGUUCGGCGGGAAUGGGAGGUUAAGGCCCGGCUGGAGAUUGACCGACAAGUCCAGAAUGAACUGGAUCGACUACGGAAGCGAUUUGAGUCUGAAGUUCAAGAGCGCGUUUCUAUCGAGCUGGAGAAACAGACGAGAAACAGCAGCAACUCUCGUGAAGAGCUCUUCCGGGCAAGCCUCCAUCGUUCACAAUCGGGUUCCAGCUCCCAAUCUUCUCGAAACAGUGGUCAGGCCUCUCGUUCUUCUGGCGCCACGACCGAUGACUCCGACGCACCCUCCAGCACAGAUAUCAGCCAGCUGUCGCUCGAAUCACCCACCUCCAGUAGCAAGAGACCGAGGAAGGAAACUCGCACCCCAUUCUGCCGAUCGAAGACCGUAGUCGAGUCUCCUGUUGAUGUGCAAAUGGCCGAGCCAUCCCCGAUCUCGAUUGCUUCUCUCUCUCUUUCACCUCGCCGUACCUCUGCCGCUGGUGGCUCGCGCAACAUUUUCGCAGAGGCUGAACGCCAGAAAGCUAAAUGGGAACCAACUCUUGCUUACUCCGAUGAUGAGGAUGAUACCCCUGACCUACCAUCACCCACACGCCCGAAGGUCAAACCCGACCCAUUCAAGGCACCACCUCGACCUCUUCUGCGCCAGAACACUGCUGCCCUUAUGCAGAAAUUGAGCACUCAGCCUCCUCUGUUUCCUUCCAACGGAUCCAGACUUCCUCAGGUCUCAGGAGGACCGUCUUCCUCUCAGUCUGAUGCGCGAAACAAUAUGAGCGAGGGUCGGGCUAAGUCCCCUCACCGACGCCUCUCAAAGAUUCCAUCUUCUGCCAACCUGGCAGCGGAUGCUGGAUCACCAACUCGCAAGAAUUCUUCCAGACAAGCUCCUGGCAAGGCCAACGGAGGCGGAGAAGAGAUGUUCAAGGCCGUCAUGCAGCGUAACAUGGGCGGUCGCACCCUCGUGGAACUCGCCCAGGCUCGCGCUGGUGGCCGUCCCGUUGACGAGUUCAAGAGAUGUGCUAGUGAUUCUCGUGCUAGUGCUUCCAUAUCCAGCCUGAAGUCUUCAGAGCGUGAGCCACCUGCUAUCUGGGACCCAGAGCGUGACGAAAUGCCCAGCCCUUUCCUGGCUCGUGGCAAGAAGGUUAUUCGCAACCUUCGCUAA